CACUGCAGAGGAGACAGACAGGGUGACAAGGGAGCUAGCAUUAUUUGGUGGGCGUUGAGGCCUGCACACCCCAGAGACAUUUCACUGUCUAUAAACACUGUUGUAUAAUUGUCACUGUCACUAAACUAAUUUGAUUUUUGCUUUUACCUUUGACAUAAUUCAUUGAUACUAUUUUCAUUUUUAUUGAAGGAUGUCACUGCUUCGGUACGCCAACAACCCCAGCAGGUACAAACUAGUGGCAACCACAUCCACACAAUUGAUCAGAAGGUUUCUACACCUAGAAAAUGGACCAGUCUGGACUGCUGCAAAGCCAGAGACUCAAGGUAGACAAGAAAAAGUGAAAGCAUUUGAUGAAAUGCCAACAAGAAAUUCAAAUGUGUUACAAAGUGUUUACGAUGCAUUUUUUUACAUGAGACGAAAGGGAUACUUUUCCAGGCCAGAUCUACUUGUUCAAGAGAAUGUUGAUAAAUACGGUCCAGUUAUGCGGAACUUGCUGGGAAAUGAAUUUGUAGUGCAAAUUGUGGAUCCUAAGUUUGUUGAGAAAGUGUUCCGUGCAGAAGGAAAGUAUCCAGAACGUAUGGAAAUAAAACCCUGGAAAGAUUAUAGACUGACAAGGAAUAUUCCUUUAGGGUUAUUUCUAAAGUAAGUGUUAAUGUUGUUA